AUGGCUGACGCGCCGAACGCGAACGAUGAGCUGUAUCCCAUUGCGGUGCUCAUAGAUGAACUCAAGCACGAUGAUGUCCUCCUUCGCUUGAACGCCAUCCACCGUCUCUCCACAAUUGCGCUGGCUCUUGGCCCCGAGCGCACUCGUGAGGAGCUUAUUCCCUUUCUCGAUGAGUCGGUUGAAGAUGAAGACGAGGUUCUUGUCGCCCUCAGCGAGGAGCUGGGCAGCUUUAUCGAAUAUGUCGGUGGACCUCAAUGGGGACACGUCCUGCUGUCGCCCCUGGAGAACCUCGCUGCGAUCGAGGAGCCUGUCGUAAGGGACAAGGCUGUUGAGUCGCUUAACAAGAUUUGUAACGACCUGUCGCCGCAACAGGUGGAGGAAUACUUCAUCCCGCUCACAAUCCGACUUUCGAAGGCUGACUGGUUCACUUCCAAAGUUUCAGGAUGUGGCCUCUUCACGGCUCCAUACAGCAAGGUCUCACCCCCCGUCCAAGAGCAGCUUCGCUCGCAAUUCGGCCUACUGGUACAUGAUGAGACGCCCAUGGUCCGAAGACAAGCAGCCACCAAUCUCUCAAAAUUCGUCAAGGAGAUGCCAGCCGCCAUUGUCGUUGAGGAAAUGAUACCCCUCUUCCAACACCUUGCUCAAGAUGAUCAGGAUAGUGUGCGCUUAUUGACGGUCGAGAUUCUCAUUUCCGUCGCCGAGGUUGUGCCUAAGGAACAGCAGGCCAGCCAUGGCGUGCUGCUCACAUCUUUGCGCAACUUGAUAGAAGACAAGAGCUGGAGGGUUCGCUACAUGAUUGCCGAUAGAUUUGAGAAGAUCGCGAAGGCAGUAGACGAGGAGGUCGUCUCGAGAGAUUUGGUGCCUUCGUUUGUGAAGCUGCUCAAGGACAACGAAGCCGAAGUGAGAACCGCUAUCGCCGGUCAAAUUCCUGGCUUUUGCGCAAUUGUCGACAGCGCGACGCUUCUCGAUGACAUUAUGAGCUCCGUUGAAGCAUUGGUCUCGGAUACUUCGCAGCACGUUCGCGCCGCUCUGGGCACUCAAAUCAGUGGUCUUGCGCCCAUUCUGGGCAAGAAGGAGACGAUUGAUCACCUAUUGCCCAUGUUCUUGCAAAUGCUGAAGGAUGAGUUCCCCGAAGUUCGACUCCACAUUAUCUCAAAACUUGAGCUCGUAAAUCAAGUCAUCGGAAUCGAUCUGUUGUCGCAGUCCCUCUUGCCCGCAAUCGUUCAGCUCGCCGAAGAUAAGCAGUGGCGAGUGCGACUUGCUAUCAUCGAGUACAUCCCCCUGCUCGCCAGCCAGUUGGGAGUGAAGUUCUUCGAUGAAAAGCUUAGCGGUUUGUGCAUGGGCUGGCUCGGAGACACGGUUUUCUCCAUUCGUGAAGCUGCGACGCACAACCUCAAGAAGCUGACGGAGGUGUUUGGUGUUGAGUGGGCUAGCGAGGCUAUCAUUCCUAAAGUUAUGGCCAUGGGAUCUCACCCCAACUACCUCUACAGAAUGACAACCUGCUUCGCCAUUUCGACCCUGGCGAGUGUCGUGAGUUUGGAUGUGAUCGGCAAGUCUAUCCUUCCCAUGCUCGACAAGCUGGUGGAUGACGAUAUUCCCAACAUCCGGUUCAACGUGGCCAAGACGUAUGCUGCCCUGAUCGAUGUGCUUAAGCGUCUACCGGAACAGGGUACCAUCUAUUCGUUGGAGAAGGCUGCCACGAAAGACUUGACGGCAUCGCCGAGAUCCCUGGAGCUGAUCCAAGAGCGAAUCCUGCCGUGUCUGGAGAAGCUGCAGAAGGACGACGAUGUCGAUGUUAGGUACUUCGCAACGACAGCAGCGGCUGCCAUCCCUGGGAACGGUGGAGACCCGAUGAACACAUCACCAUAG